AUGCCUCACAUUACGUUGAAUGAAGUCAAUAAACUAUCCAUGUUGCGUGCUUUGGAGAGCGGACGAUAUCUGAGUAUGAGUUUCCGUUCAUGGAAUCUGUACGAGUAUCCUCUAUUGCCGAGUACGAAGCAUUCGUGGGCUAUCAAGACGGCUACUCAGCUUGAGAAGCCGCGAUACAUCAUUUUUGCUCUGCAGACUAAUAGAAAAAAUAACAUGGCAAUACAUAAAACUUACCUCGACAAUUGUAAAUUAACCAACGUGAAACUCUAUCUGAACUCUGAAUUUUUUCCAUACGAUGAUCUGAAUCUGGACUUCGACAAACGCAGAACCGCUAUUUUGAACGAUAUGUUUGUACGUUUCCGUACAUCUUACUAUCAAAUUUCAAAAGAAAGUAGUGAAACGUUAUUCAAGACAGACUCUUUUAGGAAUCUCUUUCCUCUAGUAAUCAUGGACUGCUCGCGACAAAACGAGUCCGUCGAGAGUGGCACCGUGGAUGUGCGAUUAGAAUUUGAAUUCAAAGAAAAUGUACCAGCAAAUACUACCGCCUUUGUCUUAUCAUACAUGACCGCGUGA